AUGCUUAAACCAGGUUGGAAAUUCGCAUCGUUCGUUGUAGCCGUGCUAGCUUGGCGUUGGUUUACAAAACGUGCUAGCAUUAGCGAAACGUUUCGUGGUAAAAAUGUUGUAAUCUGUGGUGGGUCCACAGGUAUUGGUGAGCAAAUAGCGUAUCGAUUUUGCGAGCAAGGUGCCAACGUUCUGGUCGUGGCUAGAAGGGAAUGGGCUUUGAGAAGUGUUGUGGAAAACUGUUCGCGUCUUGGGGCAGCCUCGGCUAGUUACAUUAUUGCUGACUUACAGGGAGGUGGGAUUGGCAAUGGACAUCUUCUCGAAGUAAGUGAACUUACAUGGAGAGUUUUCAGCAGGAUUGAAUUUUUUAUUGAAAUUGAUGCACAUUUUUCUGCACCAUUUUCACACAUAUUCGUAUACGCCUGUUCCGUGCACACGUAUUCCGCAAAAACGCACAUCGAUCGAAACCGUACAUUUUUAGCGCGGUCUCCAGAACUAGCAGAAAUUUUUGAAACACUGUCAUUGCCACUAUGAGAAUGUCGACUGGCAUCAGGAUAGUUAACGACAGCGUGCCGAUGCUCACCAAACUUUGACCUCAAAAGUCUUCCAGUGUUCCCUAAUAUAAAGCGUACCAAAUUUACUGCUUGAGAUGAAGUUGAUGACAAGGGAGGAAGUGCACGUGAAGUGGUGCUUGACAUGGAAUCUAUAUAGACUCACAGGUUUCACAUUGAGGGAAACUCUAACUCUCUAUGUCUGAAUAGACUCCUUUCCGGUAAAAUAUAAUUACGUCACAACUAUGUUUUCAACUUAGCACCACCUUAAAUGGAAUAUAUUUCAAGUUUAUUUCUCACGGGCUAUGGUCAGGGGAGCAGAACAUCUUUCGUCAACACAUGCAUAAAAAAGAAUUUUGGAUUUUGACCAAUAAAUGUGGAAAUAAGCUUAAACACGAAAACGAGGCUCAGGGGCCAUGGCCUUUUUGGGCCCCUCGGCCUCGUUUUCGUGUUAAAGCUUGGGCCCCUCAACCUCGUUUUCGUGUUAUUGGUCAAAAUAAUAAUUUUUUAUCAUGCAUGUGUUAAAGAAGGAUGUUCUGCUUCUUUGCGCAUAGCCAGUAAGAAAAAAACUUAACUCCAUUUCAUUUAAUUAAGCGUGCUUCAAGGUGGUCCUAAGUUGAAAACAAUGUAGUUGUGACGUAAUUGCCGGAAAGGUCUAUUGCGUUGCACUUCGCAAAAAAAAAUUAUAUUGCGUCCUGUACUCGCAUGUAAACGAAAAUCUACAUGUGAAGUUACUGUACAGUUUUGGCGCUUCUUUCGUAUAGGAAAAUAAAAACGUUUCGCGCACCUUUAAGGGUUAACCGGCUGAGGAUCCUUAGGAAACCGUAUGAUUUAUAUCCACAUACCACAGUAUAUGCAAUUGCAUACCAAAAAAAUAUUUUGUUUUGUUUUAUGGAAGAAAAAACACAAUGUCAAAUUAUUAUUGCAGAGUUUUCGAUCGGUAAGGCGUAUGCCAUGCAGCGCAUGAUUAAAGUUAAUUAGUCAUAAUUAGUCAUAAAAAUUACGUUUUCAGUCUCAUUUGAGAGAACUUUUAAAAUGAAAUCUGAAGACCCUUACAAUUUAGAGAGAUUUUGACUGCUAGAAACUGGAUGUAGGUCGCCAUGAUGUUUCUUGGAUAUAACUGGUUAUUACACAAAAUUAUAUACCUCGCAUAUCCCUUAUGAUGAAUUCCGGCAUGUUAAAUCAUGUUGCGCUUCUUAAACCCCCGCUUCCCUAACUCACUGUCGCAGCUUACCAAAAGUUGUUUUGGCCUGCUCACAGCAUUGAACUGGGGGAGAGGAGGUGAUUUUUGCAAUAAUAGUAGGAAUGAUCUCAAGAGUUAUGUCUCAGAUCGUAUAGCUGUUAAAUUACCAUGUGGUUGACUCCCUUUCAGAGGGUCUCCCGGGCGGUGUUUUCAAACUUUGUUUCAACGUUAUAUUGCCAUUUCCCUUUAACGUUUCCAAGAAUAACACAACUCGAUUAAAUAAUGGGGAUGGCCCAAUCAGCCAACCAAUCCUGAUGACGAGGUUGAUAUCCAACAUAACUCAAAGUUCGUUCAGUUUUGUUACCAGUGAUAAUUACCAAAUUGAAAGUAAUCUAUAAAAUAUUAAUCGUUUUAGGAAUCAUUGAAACGCUUUCAAAAUAUCGAUGUGCUGGUUUUAAACCACGUUUUGUAUGAAGUAAAACGCUGGCAGGCGGACAGAAAUUUCAAUGACGUAGCAAAAGCAUUUGAUACCAACGUUCUGAGUUACAUACACCUCACAACUUUAUUCUUACCCAGUCUUCAAACAUCGCGGGGCCGUCUGUUGGUUACUUCCUCUGGGCUAGGCGUGAUAACGUAUCCAUAUUUCGCCUUGUAUUGCUCAAACAAACAUGCUCUACAUGGAUUCUUUAACGCACUAAGGCAAGAUUUGGCACUUGAGAAAAAUGAAAUGUCGAUAACUUUAAGUGUACUGGGAGCAGUCGCGACUGACAAUGCACUCAAAGUGAGCAGCGGUAAUCCCGUGGCCGGUAGCAGCGGCUGGACUCGGCUCUCCUCUGAUGAUGCUUCACGUGCAGUCGUCGAGGCCUCGUUACAUCGCGAGAGGCAAAUAUAUUUUCCGAAUUCCUUGAAGCUUCACGAAUUUGCAAGUACACAUUUUCCCGAUUUUACUGAGCGGGUAAUAAGAUAUGUCUAUGGUUUGCAUGUUUAA